GAGGGGGCGCAUUCCACAGCCCCUUGCUUCCUGGGAGGGUGCUGCUCGGGGAGGGAUGGAGGCUCCCGGCUUCCGGUCGCGGAGUGGGGAUCCGUGAUCGUAGAAUUUAGUCCCGACGGACGGUCUUUGGAGUUUGGGAGGGGGAGACUUUGCCAAACUCUACCCCGAAGCCGAGGUCUGUGCAGUCAGGCCCUGGGUCAAAUGCCUGUGUGGCCUUGGCUGAGCCUCAGACUCCCAAGUUCCCGGCUCUCUAAGGAGAGUAGGGUCUCUGCCAGCUGGGGAGAGCCAGGGGUUCCUUGUUCCCACAGCCACGACGCAUUUCUCAAAAUGGAGCCUCACUUGCCCCUCCUUCUGUAGCCCCGGAGAGGGAGCCGGCUGGCCAGGGAGCCGGCUGCCCGGCAAGGCCUGACUUCCAGGCCUGACUUCACCCACCUGGCAGCCCUGUGGAUCCGUGGGCUUUGGCCGCGUGGGUCUGGCCCGGCCGCUGGUCUGUUCAUCCCCUCUCUCCCGAGUGGACCUCCAGACUCUCCGACUCUUUGUCUCUGACUUCUUCUGUCGACAAUCACCCUCCCCAGGCCGCGCUCUGGGCCCUCGCAGCCCGGAAGGGCACACAGAUCUCCCAGGGCCUGGAAGGAGGGUGACCCAGAGGCCCUUUGCUCAAGCCUGGUGUUGUGUGGUGGUCCCAGGUCCCAGCUCUGUUGGGACGCCUGAGGAUUCACUCUGUAGCUGACUGACCUCCUGCAUCUCCACAAUGUACUCAGCCUGCACCUCCAGGGCCUCCGUGUCCAUCCACUGGAGGGUUGCCCUGGAGGCCCCUGGCCUGGCCUGAGCCUCAGCCACCAUGGCCAUUGUGCACACUGUACCUAUGCCACUGGAGCCCACUCCUGAGGCUGCCACCACCCCACAAACUCCAGCCAUGGGCAGUGUGAGUAGUCUGAUCUCCGGCAGGCCCUGCCCCGGAGGGCCAGCUCCUCCCCGCCACCAUGGCUCCUCAGGGCCCACCUUCUUCCGCCAGCAAGAUGGGCUGCUACGGGGCACCUAUGAAGCACAGGAGCCUCUGUGCCCAACGGUGCCACCCAGGAAGGCCAUCCCUGGCCCCAGUUUUACCUACAUCAACGAGGACUUCCGGACAGAGUCACCCCCCACCCCAAGCAGUGAUGCUGAGGACACCCGAGAACAACGGGCACGGAGCGCUCACCUCUGCGGCCCCCCACCCAAGCUCAUCCCUGUUUCUGGAAAGUUGGAGAAGAACAUGGAGAAAGUCCUGAUCCGCCCCACGGCCUUCAAACCAGUGCUGCCCAAGUCUCGAGGGGCCCCCUCCCUGCCUGGCUUCCUGGGUCCUCGGGCCACUGGGCUGUCUGGGAGCCAGGGCAGCCUGACACAGCUGUUUGGGGGCCCUGCCUCCUCAUCCUCUUCCUCCUCCUCAUCCUCCUCGGCUGCUGACAAACCCUUGGCACUGAGCGGCUGGGCCAGUGGCUGCCCAUCGGGGACACUGUCUGACUCGGGUCGAAAUUCUUUGUCCAGCCUGCCCACCUACAGCACCAGUGGUGCUGAGCCAGCCACCAGCUCUCCAGGCAGACACCUGCCCUCCCACGGCCCCGGGCGAGGGCCACUGCCUGGGGCAGCCCGAGGAGCCCCUACUGGGCCUUCCCACUCGGACAGUGGCCGGUCUUCCUCCAGCAAGAGCACAGGCUCUGGUGGCGGCCGUGUAGCUGGAAGUCUCCUGGGCAGCGGGCCCCAGGCCUCCCCUGACAGCAGCUCCUGUGGGGACCGCUCCCCACCACCCCCUCCCCCACCCCCGCCAUCGGAUGAGGCCCUGCUGCACUGCGUCCUGGAAGGGAAGCUCCGAGACCGGGAGGCCGAGCUGCGGGACAGUCUGGAUGAGAGCGAGGCCACCGUGUGCCAGGCAUUCAGUGAGCAGUCACGGCACUGGUGGAGAGAGCGCGAGGCCCCACGGGAAGACUGUGCAACCCAGGCACAGCGGGCCAGGAGGACCCAGCAGCUGCUGCAGCUGCAGGUGCUCCAGCUGCAGCAAGAGAAGCGGCAGCUGCAGGACGACUUUGCCCAGCUGUUGCAGGAGCGGGAGCAGCUGGAACGUCGGUGUGCCACCUUUGAGCAGGAACAGCGGGAGCUUGGGCCCCGGCUGGAGGAGACCAAGUGGGAGGUGUGCCAGAAGUCAGGCGAGAUCUCCCUGUUGAAGCAGCAGCUGAAGGAGUCUCAGGCAGAGCUUGUCCAGAAGGGCAGCGAGCUGGUGUCGCUACGGGUGGCCCUGCGGGAGGCCCGGGCUGCCCUGCGGGUCAGUGAGGGCCGUGCACGGGGCUUGCAGGAAGCGGCCCGAGCCCGGGAGCUGGAGCUGGAGACCUGUUCAAAGGAGCUGCAGCGGCACCGCCAGGAGGCUGAGAGGCUCCGGGAGAAAGCUGGGCAGCUGGACCUGGAGGUGGCCGGACUCCGGGAGCCCUCUGUGCCGCCUGCCACUGCUGACCCAUUUCUCCUGGCCGAGAGUGAUGAGGCCAAGGUACAGCGGGCAGCAGCCGGGGCAGGAGGGAGCCUGCGGGCCCAGGUGGAGCGGCUGCGGGCUGAGCUGCAGCGGGAGCGGCGGAGGGGUGAGGAGCAGCGAGAUAGCUUCGAGGGAGAGCGGCUGGCCUGGCAGGCGGAGAAGGAGCAGGUGAUCCGAUACCAGAAGCAGCUCCAGCACAACUACAUCCAGAUGUACCGACGCAACCGGCAGCUGGAGCAGGAGCUGCAGCAGCUCAGCCUGGAGCUGGAGGCCCGGGAGCUGGCCGAACUGGGCCUGGCUGAGCCAGCCCCCUGUAUCUGCCUAGAGGAGAUCACUGCCACUGAAAUCUAGGGUGCCACCUCUGCAGAGAACUCUGCUUCAGGCCCUGGGGUCCACCGAGCAUCCCGAAGUCCAAGGGACUCCAGAGCCACUCAUCUCCUGGGAAACAGGCCUGUGUGGCUCUGUGCCCAGGAGAAACAAAAGCAGACCACUCCACAGCUACCAUUUCCACUGUCCCCCAGAGGCUCCUAACACUCCUCUCUCUCUCUGUCUCUCUCUCUCUCUCCCUCCCUCCCUCCCUCCCUCUACACACACACACACACACCCCAGCUGCUGCCUGUCCUGUCAGCCCCCAACACUUGCCCACCCACUCUAGCCCAGAAGCUGGGGGGAAGUGGGGGGUGUCUCAUCUUCACAUGCACCCUACCCCAAAGCUAAGAGAGCCAGAUGGCACCAAAUGUGCCUGCCCCUGCCCAUGGCGGGGGACAGGGCUGGGACUGGGCCUGAUCCCCAAGUCCCGGCUCUGCAGCCUUUCUCCUGGGCGGGAGGGGGCUGAAGUCAGACCAAAGGAAGAACUCAGAGAUGUCUUGUUUAUUUGUGUUUGUGACCUUCCCAGUACCCAGAUUUAUGGCCUCAUUUUCACUUGUAUAUUUUUCACACUGUAAAUUUCUUGUAAAAACCCAAAGAAAAAAUUUUUAAAAAAAUUUUUUUAAAGUGAC